CACGCGUCGCACGCUUUUGCCUCCAAUCUUAAGUGAACAGGUGUUUUAUGUGUUGGAGACAAAAUGAAUAGAUCAAGGAGGAUCGUUGCAAUGGCCCAAGGAAACAAGACUUUAGACAAUGAAUGCCAAAGUGAUCAAAGCAGUUCUGCUCCAUCUCUUGAAGGAUCUUUGUUAGAUUGUUUAGAACCUGGCUGGGUGUCUGAUGAUAACGUAGAUGAUCCAAAUUUCGUCCUUUCACCCGAUAAUAAUUCGAGUAGUACUGAUAGCGAGGAGGAACAAUGUUUUAAUGUGGAGAGGGAGGUAGAAACAUUAAAUCAAGAGUUUAUAAUAAGGAAGGACAAUUUUACAAGCCAGUAUCAAGAUGAUUUUUCUGAAGCUAAUGUGGUGGGGACGUUAGAUCAAAACCAAAUAAAAAGCAAAGAAAAUUUAACAGGCCAUUGCCAAGCUGCUUUUUCUGAUUUUAAUACUUCAUAUAGCAUUACAAAAAGGAAGAAAACCCAUUGUAAAUAUUGUCUAAGUGACGUAACCAAUUUUGAAAGACAUCUCGAAAGAAACCACACUGAUGUUAAAGAAGUUAUAGAAAUGUUGUCAUAUCCUAAAAAGCAUCAAGAAAGAAAAAAUAUUAUAAGUCUUAUUAGAAAUUCUGGUCAUUUUAAUGAAUUUCUCAAAGGCAAUAUUUAUCCAAAAUACGGAAGGGAAUCAAAGUCAAAAGAAUAUUACCCUUGUCAUAGAUGCAAGGCUUUACUUUCAAAAAAAUAUUUAUCACGUCAUAAAAAAACAUGUGUAGUGCAAAAAUCUACAGGACAUCCACAAAAUAAAGUGAAUGAACGAGCUGAAUCGCAAACAAUGAUAGCGUGCUCACUUGAUGAAAACAGUACAGUAUGCAAACUAAGGGUUAAACAAGAAGUUUUUUCCAGAAUGAAAGCUGAUAACAUAUCUUUAAUAGCAAAAACAGACUAUUUAAUAACUAUAUUUGGAGAAAACUACUUAAAAAAACACAAACGAGAACAAAUAGUUUCCGUUUGUUCAAACAAAAUGAGGGAACUGGCUAGGUUUCUUCUGGAAUUCCGAAAAAAUACAAAUAAUCCUAAUUGCACCCUACAAAAUAUUUUGUCACCUAAGUUAUUUGAUGCUACAGUUGAAUGCGCGAAAAGGUUAGGGGGUUAUGAUAUAGAAAAAAAAAUAUACAAAUCGCCUAGUUUGUCAGCUCACUUAGGAACAUCAUUAAAACAAGUUUGCGACAUUUUUAUUCGAUUAUUACUUAAAGAAGAUCCUGUGAUUAAGGUGACCAAUAGAGAAGGGGUGAUUAAAGAAACCAAGCGAUUCAAAAACUUAAUAGAAACACAAUGGACCACCGAAAUCAGCAGUCUUGCUUUCAAAAAUAUUCAAGAAAUGCGUUGGAAGAAACCAGUCAUAUUGCCUCUUACAUCUGAUGUCAAAAAAUUUAAAGAGUAUGUUACCGAAGUUGCGGAUAAAGCAUUUACAAUAUUAAAGCAAGAACCGAAUAAUAAAAAAGAAUUCAAAAACCUGGUUGAAGCUUCCCUUACAUUAACUAUUCUUUUUAAUAGAAGAAGAAUAGGCGACGUACAGUACACAAGUUUAGAAACAUACACUGAAUAUAAUAAAAAUACAUGUAACCAAGAGGAAUUCGAAAACGCCUUAUCAGAAACUGAAAAAAUUCUUACAAAACAUUACAAAAGGCUUGUAACUGGUGGGAAAGGUAGCAGGGCAAUCGCAAUUUUAUUUCCUAUUAAAUUGCAAGAUUAUAUUGAAUUAUUCGUUAAUAUUCGAAUAAAUUCUGAAAUAGUCCCCAAGGAUAACAAAUACUUAUUUGGAUGCCCAGGUACGACUAAAUGGACACGGGGAGACGUUGUUAUUCGCAGAUUUGCUGAGAAAGCUGGUAUUUCAAAUCCCACCCAAAUUUCUUCAAAUAAAUUAAGAAAACAAAUAGCAACUGUUAUGCAAAUUCUUAAUCUAAGCAAUGAUGAAUUGGACCAAUUUGCUCAAUUCAUGGGGCAUACUCAAAAGACACAUAACGAAUUUUAUAAGUUACCUCAAGAUAUAUAUCAGACAGCAAAAGUGUCAAAACUCUUACUACUUAUGGAGAGAGGAGCUGAAGAUUAUAAGGGAAAGUCCUUAAAUGAAAUAAAUAUAAAUCCGGAAAAAGAAUUAGCAGAAGAGUCUGAUGAGGAAGUAGAAAGUGGGACUAUUUUAGCUGGAAAAUGUGGUUUUCAGGAAAAAGUUACAGCAGAAGAAAAAACAAAUGUUCGCUGUCAAAAAAUCAAAAUAAAUGGUAGAACCCCUUGGAAUAAUGAACAAACAAUGUUAUUAAAGAAAUACUUUAAAGAGCAUAUUAGCUCCAAAAAACCUCCUAAAAAACAAGAGUGUGUGCAAUUGAUUGAAAAAUUUCCUGAUAUUCUUCAUAACAAAGACUGGGUUAAAAUAAAAACUUUUAUUUAUAAUUGUUAUCGACAAAAGUAA